AUACAGAAAAUCAUAUUCUCAAAUGGAUAAAACAGAACAAUAAUCUUCAAAUGAAACUCGUUUUAGCAAAACUGUGUAAUACUUCAGCUCUUCCUCUGUGCCAAAAUUUUGUGAGUUUUAACGUCUUACUCCACUACAACAAAGCACUCGGAUAAAAAACGGCACCGAAUUUAAAGACUGUUGAAUUUCAAUAAAGGAAAAUCGCUUUAGCAAUUUCGGUUGGGUGUGUAUUUCAUCAGCUUUCUUUUCUGAACCUUAAUUAAGUGAAAAAGAAAUUGCUUGAUGUAUUUAGAAGCUCUACAUCAAAGUGCUUUUAAGAUUGUAAUUAACUAAAGCGCUAAAUUCAAUUGACAAAGUUGCAUCAUUUUUGUUCGUUUUUUUUAUAAUUGGCCAUCGCAUUCGUUAACCCAAUUUCGUCUCGUUGAUUGCUUUGCUAAUAACGUUUUUCUAAAUACGGCCAACCCUCCGUAACUGCAAAGCAUCAAAAGAAAGUAUCGUGAAGAAAUUUCUAUUACCGAUGUCACGCACAUCAUCGGAAUAACUGACUCCGUAAUUUUCUAUUGUAGAUUUUUUUGAUUAUGCAAAAGAUUAAAUAACGAUCAUUAUCGCAUAAUUGAAAGGUAGGAUAAUUAUUAUAGCGACGCACGUCGUAGAUCAAAACUGCAAUUAAAAGUUUCCACUAAAAAUUUUCUUUACGCUUUCGCCGCCGCAGCAAUAGCUAUCGGUCUUUUUUAAUUGCUAAUUUUCGAUAAAAUGUACGCCAUACAUAAUUGCUUAUUGUGGCUAAUACCAUUUAGGUCAAGUUUUUAUGAAUAUUUAUGCGAAUCAUUUUAAUAUACGUGAAAGAAAAUAGCGUUGGCUUAGAAAGUUCUUCAUGCUCUUUAAGCAUUAACGAGGAAGCCAGAUAUCUGUUGCAUUUAAGACUUAUUGUAGCAUGUCCUUAGAAUGUGUUUAUACGUUCAUCGUGUCUUGUUCCUCUUUAUUUUUGCGCCGCCGUUAUUAAAACAUUUAGUCUAUCUGCGAAUUCAUACACGUUCAUGUGUUCUACAAACAUGUGAUAAAGCAAACAUUGUUAAACAAGCAAAGUGUGUAGUAAGUGCAAAGUGUUAGUCUAUCAUAGUUAUGAUACCGAUAAUAUUUUGGAUGAUCACCAGCAGUGAAAAUGUCCCAGCUGAGAUACACAAGGACAUCGAGGACCAGCCCUGGAAGGGAUUCUCCGUUUUUCUGCACGUGCUCUUGCCAAUUGCCGGCCUAGCUUUACUCUGGGGACAGAGGGGAAUUUUUUCCAAGUUGCUGCUUCAGCUGGACAGGAGUUGUGUUUCUGUGUAUUGUCCGUCGCUCAGCAAAAGAGAGAAGUUGUUGAAAUGGGCCAGCGAUAGAUUGCCGUCGACUUGGUCAUCGCAAGCAAGAACUUUAUCUAGUGGCAUUCCUGAAUUAUGGAAAGAUGGGUCUCUUUUGUGCACACUCAUCAAUUCUGUUGUUCCUGGGGCGUGUCCAAAUCCGCACAGACAUUGGAGGAAACCUCCGCUUCACGCACAAGCUCUUGCAUACAAAUACUUGGGAUUAGUUCCGAUGUUCACCGAUGAUGAACUAUCGGGCGACUUCACAAUGAGUCAAGAAAGAAAUUUUAUCCAGUAUUUGCAUAAACUUCAAGAGGCUAUAAACAAAUGGGCCUCAAACAAUGAAUUAAGCCGCAAGUUCUCAACACAAUAUGUUGCACGAGGAAUGGGUUUAUACACCGGCGAACAACACCGAAAAACAGUUUUCUAUGUGUACUCCAACGCAACAGCAAAAAGACGCAGCAAUGUGUUAAUGUACAUUAGGGGACCAUAUGGAACACAGGGUAAAGUCACCAUUUCCCCUUUUCACAAUCUAAAAACAAUUCCCGUGGUCAACGUGCUACAGGAUCAACUUCAAGCCACUAAAACAUUACCGUUUAAAAACGAGGAACAAAAAUCCUUUCUCAAAACUAUAUCUCUGGAUUUUACAUCGUUAAUUAAUAACAUCGAAGAUAAGGGAGAAAAAAAUGAGAUUCCUAUUCAAAUUGAUAUGGAAAUUGAUAGGGCUAAAAUUACAUACAUCCCCAAGGAUAGUGGGAUAUACGAAAUUAAUUUAAUUUGUGACGGAGAGUUGCUCAGGGGCUCUCCGUAUAGCGUACAAGUGAUUAAUAAUACGUCUGGUAAAAAGGACAGUUUUAAUACUGAAUGUGAAAAUGUAGAGGAGAAGAUCACGUUUACAAAAAGAAAAAUUCUUUCAAAAGUCAUCGACUGCAUUGAUGAAAAGAUUUGCAUUGAUAAUAACAAAAUUUCAAGGAUAAAAACGAAAGAUAGCACUGAAAGCUCUACAGAAAGCGAAAGUGAUGAUCUAACAAUUACAGCUAUUACCAAAAAGAAGGAUGAGAUUUUGAAAACUGAGAUUAAUUGUACACUAGAAGACAUUAUAGAGGAAAUUAACUUAGUUCAAGAUAAAGAUAUUCAAGAUCAAUUGCAAACAGAGAAACAAGAAGAUAAUCAACUUUAUAAUCAACUAAAUGCUCUAGAGGAAAUAAAAAAAAUUGCUGAACAGCUGAAGACAGAAGUACCAAAUAUUGUUGACACAAACAUCAUUGACGAAGUCGACAGCGGUGUUAAAUUAAAAGUUGAUACAAAGCAUAAAUUUGUAAAGGAUUGCGAGGAAGCGAGUACAGAAAUUUUCAGUUCUAUACAAAACGAAGAUGAUGAAGUUGAUAACAAGUUUAAUUACAACGUAGAAAAAGAUGUUACCUUAUCUGAGAAAAAUAUUCUCUCUAGAUUAGAUAUUGGGUUUGAAAAAUCGACCAAAUAUCUUAAAGACAUAGUAAACUCAACCAGUAAGCAAGAAAUGCUGGAAAAGAUAUUACCUACAGAGUUAAUUUAUAAGAAAGAAUCCAACGAGGAUGAAAAUCACAAUUUAUCGACAAAUGUCCCUCUAAGAAGGAUAAAAAGCAAAAUUUGUGUAGAGAUAAACCCCCGUAGCAUGUCCAAGACUAACACAUCUAUCAGUUGCCCCGAUGUUACUUCCCCAAUAUGCCCCGAACAUAUUGCCCCAGAAGUAGAAAUGAGUAGUCUGAACCAACUUACCUUGUCACAGAAACGUCAGACACUGUCCAAGCAAGAUAGUUUCAGUAUACCAGAUGGUGACGGCACAUUUUCUACCUCAGAAAACGAUGAUUCGUCAAAGUCAAAAGAAUCGACUUUUAAAGAAUUGAGUGUGUUGAAUGUCUUAAAUAGCCUGAAACAAUCUCGUAAGAACAGUCUGUCUGAAACUUACUCCCUUAGCUCUACCACUAGUCUUCCAAAUAUGACAUCCAUUGAUUCCGGUUAUGACCAUAUUGAUGAACCUACAUUUAAGGCAAGAAAAGAUUAUUGGGAAAGAUUGUCCUCUAGAAGUUCUAGUAGUGUCAGUUUAGCAAAUUCGGAUUACAACCUUAAGAGAAAAGUAGUCGCUGUGAAAAAUAAUCUUAAUAAAAACGACAGCAUCGAAAAAUGUUUCAACAAUGAAAUAGAAACAACUCAAGAAAUGGACACUUCAGUAGAAAACACAUCUCCAACUGUCAGUAUUCCUAAAGAGCAAUCACUGGAUACUUCUUUAGAAGACUGCAUACUUAUACCUCUCGAAGAACGAAAGAAGCGACUGUUAAAAGAUAUGUAUGAACGAGAGACUCGUCCAAAGAAAAAAUUAAACAUAAGAUUAAAUUUUUUUAAAAAGAAUAAUAAACCAAAAGUUGAGGAGAAAGAAACUUAUUUUUCUUCAAUAUCCGACCGCAUCCAGAAUUUUGAUCAAAACAAUUCAAAGGCAAAACCCAAAGGAAACAGUACCCCAUCGGACCAAAAUUUAAAUGAGGAAAAAGAAGAACUGAAGAAAUCUACCAAGAAACAUACAAUAAAGUCUCAGUUUAAAAGAGCAAUAAAUUUUUUUAAGAAUAUGGAAGAAAACUCCAAGUUAAAAGAAAAAAACAAAACUGACCUAAAGCGACGAUAUUCUUUAGAUUUUCAGAAAAAAAGUCAGAGAAGGGUUCGAGGAGGAAGCUUGAACCUACCAAACACUACAGAUCGGUUUUCAAUAAGUAAUUUGUACCAGGAUGUAUUUGGAAACAAGAAUGGAAGUUUUAAAGGAACUCCUAAUAACACUGGCAUAGCAAAUUCUCUUGCUUCUCUGUCAAAAACUUUUGAACCAGAUGAGUCUCAAAAACAAGAAGACAAUAGCAUUAGCUAUAAUUUAUUUGUAAAUAAAUCUAAAAAUAAGAAACGUAAAAGUAUUAGAUCGCUUUUUGAUGUUAACUAUUAAAUCUUGUAAUCUAAUGUAAUAUUGUUAAUAAUGUUACUUUAACUUAGAAAAAUAUUUAUUUAUUUUGUACAUACAUACUGCUGAUUAAAUAAAAAAAUAUAAGAAACUUUGUUAUAAGUUAAUAUAGUUUCGCGCGAAGUUUUUUAUAACAAUGACCAUUUUUUUGUAAUACGCAGGACCCCAAUCAUUGUGCUGAAAAUAAGAUGACCAAUUAAACACACCCGCAUCACCGAAAUUUGGGACAGAGAACUACAUUUUCUUAAUAAAUCUUUUUGUCAAAUUUCAGUGUCUUAGAUCCGUUUAAAUUUAUAUAUUUUAUAAAUAUUUAAAGAAAACACAAUAUCUUAAUUUACUGAAUGUUAAAAAUUCAUAUUUGUCUAAAAUAAAUUAUAUGCAUAUCGGAA